AAAAAUAUAAUUUUUUAUUAAUCAUUUUUUAUCGAAAUAACAAUAGCAUUUCGCAUUUUCAUUAAAUUUUAAAGGAAAUUAUGAUUUAUAAAAUAUUUAAAAAAAUUUCAAUAUAUUUAUAAAUAUUUAACGCAUAUACGUAUAUAGAUUAAAAUUUUUUUAAAUUAAAAUUUAUAAGAUUUUACAUAUUUAAUUACAUACAUAUUAAAAUUUCUAUUUGUUUAAAUUCAAUGGAUGAACAACAAGGUAUAAAUCACAUGUUAUAAUCGAUAUUGAUUAUAAAUAUUAAAUGGUCUAUAAUAUGCAAACAUAUAUCAUCGUACAAUCGUCAUAAUGUUAAUCUGACAAAUAAGUACUAUAUGUAUGAUAAAAAAAAAUAAAUCUUACGAUAACAUAACCAUGACGAAUCUGUGAUAAAAUAAUACAUGAUAAAAAUAUAAAACGACUUGAUCAAGAUAUAAUUCUUCGAAUAUAUAAUAAAUUUUUUUUUUUCUCUAAAAAAUUGUUUAAUUAUCUAUUUUAUUUCAUAUAAUUCAUUAAUAUUUAAAACUGUUUUAUCAUUAAUAUCUCUCAAUUGUAAAAAAAUUUCAAUUACAAAAAUUAAUCAGAAAUAUGUAUUGUUUAUUUAUUCAUUAGUUACAAAACUAUACAUACAAUGUUUGCACAUUCAAUUCUCUAAUUUCUAUUUACUUGUGUAUUUCCGUAUUUUACCGAUGACUAAUCACAAUGAUUACACAUUGAUGGACUACUUCAUAUCUCUAAAUAUGUACGAUGUAUAUAAACUUCCUUUUAAAUGUAACAAAGUAAUUGCUAUUUGAAAUAUACAACAAAGAAAUUGUUUAUUUAUACUUGAAUAACGAAAUUGUUACUUCACAAAAUAAGUUACAAAAAUUUGUAAUAAUUUUAAUAUUAUGUUAGUCGAAUUUCUUUAAAGAUAAAGAAAUUUCUUUUAAAUUUUCAAAUAAAUUAAUUCAUUAUUUACUUAAAUUAAAUUAAUAAAAAUAUAUAUCAAUAAUAUAGUAAGCGUAGGGCUAUUGAAAUAUAUCAUACGAUCCCGAAGCAUGAGUGGAUGCGCAAAACUGGAUGCGCAAUAGUUACCGUAAUGGUGCGCGAUGCGCAAGGCGGACGUAGCGGUUGUUCGAACACUAGUCAACAGUACAGUUGUCGUUCAUACAUUGCAUCGGUGGAUAGUUUGUUGGUGUGGUUAAUUUACGUAGUACAUAGAGCUGUGGAAACCAAAACGCGUAAUGCCAGUAAUCGACAUUAAAGUAGUGAUAGUUACGUAGAUUGGCUCGUCGCAGAAAGAACAACAGAUGAAUAUUUGUGAUCGUACGCUGUAACUGAAUCGAACAAAAUGUGGAGUCCGACGCACGUUCAAGUGACAGUUCAAAGAGCGAAAAAUUUGUUAACUAAAGGAAAACAUAAGUCCAACGAUUGUUUCGUGACGAUUGCGCUCGGGAAAGAAAAAUAUCAAACGUCUGUGAAGGAGAAAGCUUCGAAGGAUGUAGAAUGGCACGAAGAAUGCGAGUUACUUAUACCUGAGCAAGGAAACACUGCGGAAAUUGUCCUUACGGCCCUCCAUCGUAAUUUCUUGGGAGUUGACGAAUUUCUCGGCACUAUCAGCAUACCUUUAUCCAGCUUUGACGUUUACGAAAGACCGAGGAACAGAUGGUAUACACUCGGGAGUAAACCAGGCAAAGAAAAUACGAAAGAGAGAGGUGAACUCGAAGUAAAAAUAGGUUUCAUUGUAAAAGCUGGUAGCUUAACUGAUUUGAGUCAUAAAGAACGUCACAAAAGUUCUCUUGGUCAAUUAUCCACAGCUGCUCAUUCAAUAGGUGGAAGUUUACUCAGUAUAGGCAGUUUUGAAAAACGUAAAGGUUUAAGAAAAUUAGCUAAAUCGAUUGGAAAUCGUGUGAAAGGAAAGAGCAAACAUAAUUUGGAUAAAGGAGAUGAUUUAGACGAAAAAGAAGAACAUAAAUUUCGAACUACGCAACAAGAACCAGGUGAAGCCGAUCCUGGUGUUAUUAGCGAAGACGAAGAUGAGUUUACGUUCGACGAUUUGUCUCAUAAGAGUUCAGCAUCAUCUUUAAAUACUCCAGUAGUUGGCAGUAAUAGAGUAGGUUCGGUGACAUCAAUUACUUCCUCCAAUAAUAAUUUUGAAACACAUCAACUUCCAUCAGUGCCAGCGAAUUCGGUACCGAAUAAACCCCCACGAUUCUCUGUGAGCUCUUCUGCUAUCUCCUUAUCCAAGGUGGAUAAUAUCAAAGAAGAUGAGUGGGGUUUAAAGCUUUAUGGUAAACAAGUUAAUAAUAAUGUUAAAAGAUGGGAAAAUAAACCAAGUCCGAAAAUUAUAAUAGAUGAGCCAAAGGUCGAAUCUUGUGAAACAUCAUCUGUAAAUUCGCCUUCUUCAACUUUAAAACGUCAAGAAACUUCAGAGACUCCGAAUCCUGCACCACGUGAACUUUUACAAACAAAGAAUAAGAUAGAAGAUAAAUUAGGAUCGAAUAAAGAAAAGAAUGUGAAAGAAGAAAAAUUUAAAGAGAAGAAAGAAGAUAAAUAUGGUUGUUGGAGUCCUAAGGAUGAAAAACAAUUAAGAAAGGAUAAGAAAAAGGAAAAAGAGAAUAAAUUCAAGGAAUUUAAUGACGAUAAUAAUUUAUCUUCGGAAAGAAUUAUCAUAGGAGGUGAAGAUGCAAUUAAAACUACGGCAACAAUAAAAAGCCAUUUACCACAUGAAGUUCUGACACAGUUUGAAGGAAAAUCAAGAGAGGAUCUCAUCGAGCUAACAUUACAAUUACAAGCAGAAGUAACAGAAAAGAAAAAACGUCUAACCGAUUUGGAAGAUUAUAUAGAUGCAUUAUUACUGCGAGUAAUUGAAUGUUCGCCACGUUUAUUGCAAAAUCCAUAUCAAUCGCAAAGACGUUUGUCAUCACCUGGUCAUCAGUAAAAUAAUUAAAUGCUUUUUUGUCCUGAUAUUUUUAAUAUUGAUUUUGAGGUUAAUUACGACAUUUGGAGGAAUUAGUGAUAAUUGCACAGUAUAAUCUGUUCCAAUCAUUUUAUACAUGUUUAACUAUAACUACUUUGUAGUUGACGCGCUUUAAUUUAUUUUCAAUUAACAAAUAGAAUUUUUAACUAAUUUUUACGUAUUUCUAAGUGACAUCGCUUUUAAAAGUGUAUAAACUCUUGUUGAAUUUAAUAUUUCGUUAUUGUUUCAACAAAGAAUGCUAUUAAGAUUAAUAUUUUAACGGGUAAUGAAAAAAUAUGGUGUUUGUGCCAACUAUUGUAAAAUAAGAAAAAAAGUUACAAAUGUUUCCCUAGUCUUCCCAAAUGUAAUUGUUUAUCCAAAAAAUGUUAUUUCCGUCCAAAGUAUGAUCCCAACAAAUAUAAUUACAAUAUCUGUAUUUUUUAAUAUUUACAUGAAAAUUUCUUCAUACAAUAUGUAUCAUAUUUUCACAAAUAUAUUUAAAAUAAAUAUUAAACUAUUA